AUGGCUGUUUACAUUGUAUGUAUCAAAGUCGAGUUGCGCUGCCCGGGUUCUGACAAAGGAUUCCACCCGCACCAAUUCGUUCAGAAACGAUUCAAAGGUUCUCGUGAAUUCAGUGCCUACAUGGUGUAUGCCCAAAGAAGCAGGACUCAACUUCUCAUGAGGACAUCAGCCAAUCCACAAGUACACCAAUGCUUCUAUGUUGAUCACGUGGUGGAGGCAAGGUACUUCAGGAUGGCAUGCAACCUGACGUUCUCUAGUGUCGAAUUUGAAAUUUAUCACAUGGUAUGCAUAUUAAACUAUUACACGAAAACCUUUUAUUAACUGAAGGCUCGCAGUGAUUUCAUUGCAGGUUAAUGUUGUUACAAAAUAAAUUUAGCAUAGACGCUAAAUUUAAAACAGUGAGACAUUUUUUUGACGGUUCCAGCUAUUGCCAAAGUGUAUGCAAUUCAUUUAAACCAUACACGUUUGUGCAGACGAUGCCUGAGAUGGCCAGUUUGGAACUAUUUACCUUCAUUAGCCCGGUCUUAGACAAAUUCAAGUCUGAAUGACCUCGAAUUCGCAUAGGGCUAUUUGUCUUCAUAGGCUUUUUAGGCCCAAACCCCCCUAUGAGGUAGAGCCGUGGUGGCGCCGUCUGUCGUGAUCUCAUUAUUCAAUUCUCCCCACCGCCCCACAACGGCCAUCGACAUUAUCAACGGCCUUCUCAGGGAAACAUAUGAUAUGUCCACCCGACAGCUAAGAGGAGUUCAUAUCAUCGAGUUUCUAGAACCGUGCAUUCAGACCUUCUUCUACAAGCAAAAGAAGGUGGCGUCGAUAUACAAGCCCUUGUCUGGACUAAUUUUUGAAAGAGUUACGCAAAUGCCCGAAUAUCUAGUUGUUGGCUCGCCCUCCCGAAGAUCUGCGUCAGAUACGUCGAGGACACGCUGUUCACAGUCAAAAGAAGGAAUGUACAGGUUUUCGAGGCGUUGUAACAUUCAGUAUCUCCGGAACUCCUGUUUACUAGGGAAGGGGGGGGAGGUAGAAGUCAAAAAAAACCAUUAGGACCUCCUUGACUUAAAAGUUGCAAAACCGGCAGGCACCUGUGUAAACAGUCUAGUAUAUGCAUUUGUCCCAAGGUUUCUGCGCGUCUGCAAAGCCACCAUCAGCAGACAUUAGCCCUCGCAAAAUGCUGUGCGUUGGUAGUUCUCUGACGGAAAAUGCGCUUACGCUUCCGCUGGGUAGACGGACCGUUUGCAGUACUGCUCAUUUAUACAUGUUGUAGUUGGUCAAAAUCAUGGUCGUGUUUGCUGUGGACUAAUGGAAAUGGAAUGGAACGACAUGGUGCGGGUUCGGCCGCGCCAUCCACUGACGUCCUUGCGGCGGCCUGAAUCCAGGACUCUGUCUUGACACCGGACCUAGGUGGGGAAAAGUAGGGAGUGUGGUAGGUGCUUCACAAGUCACUGUUUCUGCUUCACCUUGCUGUGUAGCUAACGGUUUGCAUCAAUAGAUGUGACUGUCGAGCUCUCCUAAACACUUGUCAUAUUAGUAUGCCGUUCAGAAGUAUUCGCCUGUUGAAAGUCGGUACAUAUUUGUACCAGACUUCUUCGAGGCUGGUUUUAAUUAUCUUUUAUAUAAAACCGACUAGCAUCAUCUUACCUAUGACAUAAUUGAUAAGUAGUUUUCUUUCGCACUACAUGCACUAAUCGGGAUAGUUGUCAGUGUAAGUGAUCAUAAUGCGCACUCAGUUAUUGGACUGAAUAGAACGAAAUGGAUACAGCCGUUUUCGAUUGAAUACGUGUCUAAACGUAUGUUGGUUGUUUUAUGCUUAUCAAUCGGGGAAUUUGGCCUUUGUUCCAUUCCAGGCAAAACCGGGAUUCCAUCGCGUGUAG